AUGGCUUCUGUGCACAAGACACAAUCAGCUGAUGCAGUCGGAAAUGCUGUGCAAGACCUGUUGUUUCAUCCAGUGAAUCUGGGCCCUGACUCUCAACCUCUGGACUAUGCAGGGCUUCGAUUUGAUGACCAAGGGAUGGUUCUGCCACAUAGCAUCUUGGGCAGUCUGGAUGACUUUAGAAGUUUCCUGGAGACCAGAGGAGAGGCGGAGUUGAUAAAACGAAUACCAAAGUCCCUGAGAGACCCUCCGUCUGAGGUCCCAGGCAGGCCUCAUUCUGAGGCUGUGGAGAGUGGGAUCCCUUCAAGCCACAGAAACGUCCAGCGCAACGCCCUGCUGCAUUGGCACACACAUAUGAGGCAGCGCAGACGGCAGCAAGACCUCUUAUCUGGCUUGCUGCACAGGCCAGUGGAGAACUUACUGAUGAACCAAGCUAACCAUUUCAGAGACACCCAGGAGCAAAGGACGUUUCUAACACAAGUCAUGCCACUCAUUCACCCUGGAUAUGGUUACCAUGUGGGCAGUGAGUUUUGGAGUCUCCCCCAGCGCUAUGGAGAUGAAAUGAGUGGCAUUACAGCCACUCUGACUCAGACGGAGAGGGGCAAAUGUGAACCCGUCACACAUGUAGGACAGCCGAGCAGCGUACGCCAGGAAUCAGGAAUCACUUGUUCUGAGAUUCUGCGUCCAGCCUCUCGGACUUGGAAACAGAGUGUAUACCUGCAGCGCCAAUACCAGGAACUUGGAGAGUUUCUAUGGGACAUGGACAUUAAAAAGCCGGACAUCAAUGGACUGGAGGUGAUUGGCUCAGGCAAGCCAUUCACUUCUGUCACAGUUCGUCGUGGUCCCUUACUGGAGAGGGAAGGAGAGGAGAAGAAGCACAAGGAGAUGAAGAAGGAAAACCUUGAUCCAUUGGCUCAGUAUGAUGACGUUCAGUCAAACACUCUGCUCAUUCCUGCCUUGAGGUUCUGUGGUCAGCUUGCUAGCUGGACUGGAAACUCUCCCAGUAACCAGGGCCAGAUAGGAAUCAGUGCCACAAUAAUCUUUGAGGCCCUGACUGGAGAAAGAGCCUCGUCUCACUUGGACCUGCGCAACGAGGGCAGCACAGCCAUCUUCUUCAGUUGGCAGCAGCUUCCCCUGCCACAUAGCUUUCCUAACCUGCAAUCACAAACAAAGACUCAGCACUUCUACUUCGACUCCUCCUCUGGUGUAAUCCUUCCAGGUGUCACCAAGCGGGUGGAAUUCAUUUUUAAGUUAGAGGGGCCAGGCAUCAAAACUGAACUGUGGCGGUUCAACACCCACCCUUUGCUGCUGCAGGGAGCCUCCAUGCAGGUCACAUUGAGGGGAUUGUCUCUGUACCAGGACAAAACCGCAGACCAGAGGCUAUUCAUACAGAUGAAGCUGGAAAAGAUAGUGAGGGUAAAAAUGUGCCAAUCAAUUGUGUAUGAGAUGCUGCUGGGGAUCCACACACCAGAGAGACCCAGUUCUCCUGCAGAGCUCUACAUUACUGAAGACCAGAAGUUUAAAAGCAAAAACCCCAUGUUGCAGUACCUUAAUGAGCCAGUGGAGGACCUUAAGAAACUGUGGCAAGAAGCGAAUCCAGGACACCCCUGGGACCUCUCAAUCAGCACGCUACGACAGGUUGUGCUGUCUCUGCCUGAGCAAGCAUCAGAUCAGGAUUCCCUCACCAGAGAAAAGAGCCUGAUCCAGUUCAACUGUCUGCUUCUGAAGCUUUCUGAGCCUUUGCCCCAACACCACCAUCUAACAGCAGCAGCUAUAGGGCAGCAGCUGUGGAGGAAACUGCUAGACAUGAUGGCUGAUGAGGCCAUGCAGCUCAAACUCCUGCUGUGCCUCCCAGAGAAAGACACAUGGGUUGAUAAAAAGGAUGAGCCCCUAAUCUCUGACUCUGAUUUGACUGACAACAUAAACAAAGAUAAAGGUGAGAAAAGGGGAGGUGCAGCUGUGAAGGAGGAAUCCAAGUCAGCAACAACUGAAAAAUCUGUGGAGGCGAGCAAAAAGAAGGAAAAGAAAAAAAAGGAUGAAAUGAGGAAGCGCAGUAAGGAAAAGCAAGAGGAGUCUUCCUCGCUGACUGAUAUCCAGCCAGAGAGCGUCAAUCAACAACCUAGUGAUGACCAAAAUGUGGAGCUGGAGGUGAUCGACAUUUACACAAGGCUCCUGCACCGAAAGGUUUAUGCUUUGAUGGAGGACCUGGUGGACACUCUGUGUGACCUGAUGGAUGAGCUUAAUGGAGAUGGGAGAUGA